AUGGCGGCGCGCUCCAAUAUGGACCAGGCGCAGCCUGGCGACACCCUGCUGGUCAUCCACGAGUUCAACGCGCGCAGCCCCGACGAAUUGAGCCUCAAGCGCGGCGACCGCAUCGAGCUCAUCGAGCGCGAUGACGACUUCGGCGAUGGCUGGUUCCUGGGCCGCCACCUUCAAAACGGGCACACCGGCCUCUUCCCAGAGGUCUACACACAGCUGGCCCCGCAGCCUACCUUUACCUCUGUCCUGAAUACCCGCCCUGGCGUCGCAUAUACCACUAGUCCUACCUCGACCACUGGCCCCGCGUUCGCAAGCCUCGAUGCCGCCCAUCCGCCCGACAACGACCAGCCGCAAUCCACGCCACGGCAUUCCGAUUCUCCUGCCACUACUCCUGGCGCCUCGGGUCCCCAGCGCUCUGCGACGGCACCAAUGGCGCUCUCUGCCGUGGCCACCAUGAACAGCAGCCAGCGGGCGCUGUCAGGAGAGCAGCGGAGUCCUGUCAUGAACGAAACCCUGAGCGUCAUCGACGAGCACCUGACCGAUAUAAACAACACCCCGCGCAGCAGCCUGCUGCGAGACCUCCGCCCCAACAACGACAGCGGAAGCGAGUACAGCAGCCAUGUGGAACACAGAUUGUCAUACAUCAACGGCCAGGAGACAGAUGAGGAGGAAAACGGACUGCACACGCUGCAAGAGAUCAGGCACUGGACGCCGCUCCAGGUUGCCGAGUGGCUGGAGGACGUUGGCGUGGACAGGCGUCACUGCGACGUCUUCAAGGACCAGGAAAUAUCCGGGGAAGUCUUGCUGGGCAUGGAUCAGGCGUCGGUUUUCAUGAAGGAAUUCGAUCUCGGCGCCAUCGGCCCACGUUUAAAGAUCUGGCAAAAGAUCAAGGCCCUUCAACAAGAGGUAACUGAUGCGGUGCGUAAUUCCCAGAGCAUGCAGGACUAUUCCGGAUCGGAUCAGGGCUCGAACGCAGGCUCUAUUCGCCAUCGCAGCACGUCGAUUGGAACAGUACUCCCUCGUAUCCCAAGUUUGAUGGAUUCUAAUGGCGGCCGGCCAUCGAGUCGACAGCAGGUAAACAGAGGAAGCUCGCAGCAAGGCAUGGGAUCCGUACCCGGCACCCCAGGUACUCCCCGGAACGACGCCAGGCGUCCGUCCGCAGCGUCCGUGAGAGAAAUGAAUCAUCACCGGAGGCAUUCUUCAGUCGAGUUUGCAAACUUGCCCGCGACUCCAACGACCCCAAGCAAUGUCCACAUAACUUCAGCGACGCCGAGCACACACAAGAAGCAGCCCUCGUUUGAUCGGAACUGGAAAAUGGGGGAACCCAAUGGGCGGCCAGCCUCUGCAGCGCAGACGCGGCCCGAAACUCCCACUGAAGGCAGUCCACGUGGCGCAGGUCUGAAAGUGGUAACGCCUGAACUCGACCGCGGCUAUUUCUCAGGCGGAGAGGUCGAGAAUCGUAAACAGAGAAACGUGUUGCGCAAGGGACACAGUCCAAGCCAUUCCCGGACGUCGAGCUCUGGGGGCGAUGGAAGGCGCCUGUCGGCAUUCAAACGCCACAGCAGAAUUGGAAGCACCGACUCGAUGCGGGAUAUUUCCGAACCUACCGCUCUUGCCUCCUUCUACAGCCCGGGCGCAAAGCGUACUCAGAGUGCUCGCACAGCUAGCGGACCUGAAUUGCGGGGCUCACCCAAAGCCCUGAGCAAGGAACGGUCUGCCACGGUCACUAAGCUGGAUUACGGAACGCCAAGUAUCGACGCCAUUGCUUCGUCACCAAACCUGGUAGAGAGCGAGGAAACGGGCGGACGCGCUUCGCCGCCGCCAGCCAUCCAAAGGCACCCGAAGCCGCGCGCAACGGGUCUUCGAGCCAUUUCUGACGCCCUUGCUGGGACUUUGAGCGGGACCAAGAACCCCCCGCUCUCUCCCAGCAAGGACUCGGCCAUGAACUCUCCUGCCCGGACAGGAUCCAGCACGCCAUCACAGACGUCGAAGAGCUUUGAUUCUGGAGAGGCGCCGCCGGACGUUCUUCGUAGCGCAACGACGGGCACGUCGAUGACUUCAAGUGCCGCUAGCAAUGCACCAAAGAAGAAGACGAAGAAGGAGACUAGCGCGUACCAGAGGGGAUUGGAGAAUAAGCCGCCUUCGGAGACGAUACCGGGGUCUGACUACAACGGUUGGAUGAAGAAGAGAUCGUCGAAUAUGAUGACGACAUGGAAGACGAGGCUCUUCGUGCUCAAGGGUCGUCGUCUAUCGUAUUACUACUCGGAGUUCGACACGGCGGAGAAGGGGCUGAUCGAUAUCUCGGGUCACCGUGUGCUGCCAGCCAACAAUGAGCGUAUGACGGGCCUCCAUGCGACGAUAACUGGUGCCAAGUCAUCACCAACAUCUCCUCAUAACGCAACCUUGACCACGUCAGCGCAAACGGAUGCGGCGAACGAAAUCGACAUCAAGGAGGACCCGUCGGGCAUGUUCAUCUUCAAGCUCGUACCGCCCCGGGCUGGACUGUCGAAAGCAGUCAACUUCACCAAACCGACGGUGCAUUACUUCGCAGUGGACAACCUCCAGCAGGGGCGUCUUUGGAUGGCGGCACUCAUGAAAGCAACGAUUGAUCGCGACGAAAGCAAGGAGGUCGUCAGCACCUACCAGCAAAAGACCAUCUCGCUGGCCAAGGCACGGGAGAUGCAGCAACGGCCUCCGGCGCUGAUGGGAGAGGACGAGGACGACGAGAACGGCAAUCCGGACAAGAUCGACGAGGAAGAUGAGGAAAGGGGCUUGGCUAUAUCCGGGCUGGAGGACGAGAAGGCCGACGGCGACUCGGCUGACGACGCGAAGCGGUCGGGCAGCGUCGGGACCAGCGAGGCCGCGAGUGCGACACCUGCAUCGGUGGACAGCGAGGCUGCGAGUAAGGAGUGA